AUGGAGCCGACGGUUCCUUGCGGCGACGGAGGCCCCGAGCUGAGGGCCGCGAGAAGGCAUCGACAGGAGGGCGAGCGAAUCCACGUCCUCGAUCCGCGAAUCCUAGAGCCUCAGCUACAGAGGUCGAAUCCAUUCAGGAACAUCUUUCAUCUAUUAACUCAACGAGAGGUCUCACCUCGAACGAAACACCACGCCAAAAGAAUAUGGAAUAAGUCUCCAAAAUAUGAUCCUGAUUUAAUUGAGUUAAGGUUUGCCGAUGCAGAUGCUAAACUUGAUAUUUUUUCUUGGGCAGAAUCAAAGUCCCUGCAUCGCUGGACUGCCAAGUAUUGCCCUCUUUUGCCACCUCCUAGGUCAACUAUUGCAGCUGCUUUCAGUCCAGAUGGAAAAACACUUGCGUCCACACAUGGUGACCAUACUGUGAAAAUAAUUGACUGCCAUACAGGGAAAUGUUUGAAGGUUUUGAGUGGACAUCGACGCACUCCUUGGGUGGUCAGGUACCAUCCAUUACAUUCUGACAUCCUGGCUAGCGGAAGUUUGGAUCAUGAAGUUCGUCUAUGGGAUGCUAAUACAUCAGAUUGUAUUGGAUCACAAGACUUCCAUCGGCCAAUUGCGUCCAUUGCAUUUCAUGGAAGAGGGGAGAUUCUGGCAGUUGCAUCAGGUCACAAAUUGUACAUAUGGAACUACAAUAAGAGAGAUGACGCUUCUUUCCCUGCCAUCAUACUAAAAACUCGCCGUUCGUUGAGAGCUGUGCAUUUUCACCCACAUGGGGCUCCAUAUCUUCUGACAGCAGAGGUUAAUAAUAUAGAGUCUGCAGACUCACCCCUGACUCUGGCAAGAUCCUCUGGAUAUUCAAAUUACCCUUCAGCCCUGCUGGUGACAAACACUAAUUCUAGGUUCUGUCCACUUCCUGAGUCCAAUGUGAUGUCACCUUGCUUACUGUGGCCUGCGUACCUCAGAGAUGAUGGAAUUUUGCAUGUGCUUGGCAAUGACAGUAGUUCAACCAUUGUGCAGCAGAGAUCAUCAUUAGUUCAACCUUCCAUAUCAGAUACUGCAAAUGUACAGCUUGAACAGUUUGCUACCCCUAUGGAUGUAUGUCCUGGAGAGCCAACUUCAUCUAAUGACAUAUUAGAUGCAGUCACUGUGCCUACUUCCAAUGGAAUUGAAAUGCAUGGUGCUGGCAGCCAGUCUAACUCAAGACUGCAGGGCGGCAGCUCUAUUAGUAAUCUUGAGAGGUUCAGUGCUAGAGAUGAUUUGCAAAUGUCUUCCCUGAGCAGCACUGAGCCAAUCCCAUCAACAGCUGGGCCUUCAGGAUCUGUUUUACGCCGUGCUUUGCCACUGAAUAUGCUCCUCACUGGUGGAUUAGAUGUUCAAAUGUUCCUAAGAAAUAUAGGAAGUGGACAACAGGAUCAUUCUCUCUUCGGCGACUCACAUAACUGGGAGGUGCCAUUUGUGCAGGGUUUUUUGAUGGCCCAAAACCAUACAGGUGCUUCAUCAUCGAUUCCCCUUACUGCUGGCAGUUCUAGGGGACCAAAUCGACGCUAUGCCUCACGCUCUGUACCUGGGGUUGGGAGUUUGCUCCUAGGUCCUCAAAUUGACGAAGCUGAAGCUCAUGCUGCUUCACUAGGUGCUGGUUCAGAAAUCACUGCGUCAAUGCUUGCUCCUGGUACUGAAUUGCCUUGUACAGUGAAGCUCAGAAUAUGGCGGCAUGAUAUCAAGGAACCAUGUGUUCCUUUAGAACCUGAGGCAUGCCGUCUGACGAUUUCUCAUGCCGUUCUUUGCAGUGAAAUGGGUGCCCAUUUUUCCCCAUGUGGACGAUUUCUGGUAGCCUGCGUUGCAUGUUUGUUGCCUCAAACAGAAGGCGACCAUGGUAGCCAAUUGCCUGUGCCUUAUGAAGGAGCUGGAUCAUCACCAACUCGUCACCCGCUUCCCUCUCACCGAGUUAUUUAUGAGCUUCGGGUUUAUUCGCUUGAGGAGGAGACAUAUGGGGAUAUUCUUGCUUCCAGAGCAAUAAGGGCAGCACAUUGCUUAACUUCCAUUCAGUUCUCACCUACAUCCGAACACAUACUUUUGGCAUAUGGUCGUCGUCAUAGCUCGCUCCUUAGGAGCAUAGUCAUGGAAGGAGAAAAUGGGAUUCCUGUAUAUACUAUUUUGGAGGUAUAUAGAGUUUCAGAUAUGGAGCUUGUGAGAGUGCUUCCUAGCGCUGAAGAUGAAGUCAAUGUUGCAUGCUUUCAUCCUUCACCAGGAGGUGGCCUUGUUUAUGGGACUAAGGAAGGGAAGCUCAGGAUCCUUCAGCACAAUGGCGCAGACAUGACAAACAUGGGAAUGGGUUGCUUCAUUGAGGAAAAUAUGGUUGAGGUAGCGAGUUUUUUCCUUGUUUAUUCAUUGCCAUUUAUUAUUCAACCUGCUUUCUUUGUUACGUCAAGACAUUUCCAUGUUUAUUAA